AUGGACGACAAACGUGCGCGUAAUAGCGGCCAUUUAGUCACUGUCACGCCUUUGCGCUCCUCCACAGACGUCGAUGUAAUCUCUACAGAUAUUAAUGUCAACCGAAAGCGUCGCAUGGACGCACUUGGUGCUCUCGCUUUGGCUGUAACACGUGCUCCACCUGGUGCCCUGAGCUAUUCAGCAAUUCAGACCAGCGCCUCUAACUCACCUUCCGUGCUGCAAUUGUUUAGAGCUGAAAAUGCUGGUUCAAGGAUAAGCAGUAGCUUUUCUUCUGUCUCAUCUGUGUCCACAUCGACUUUGUGGGAUGUCAAGAGCGCACGGGACCUAGAGCAAGAACCGGACGGUGGAAUACCUAAUAAGCGCUCUAGAUUCGCACCUUAUUCUCUUCAAGAGACGGUGGUAAUUGGUGGAAUAGAUAACGACCGUGUUAUGAUGGUUCAUAGCUUAGGAAAAGACAACAGAGACGGAGACAAGAGAGUGGAGCAGUUUGAAGCCAUGAGGGAAGAUUCACAAAAUAUGAUGGAAAUCAUGAGUAUUUCGCAACAGAAUACACAAGAGUGCACACAAACCUUAGAAGACAGUCCGUCGCAAUAUCUUAUGAGGCUUGUACUGCAUCCAGAAGUGGACAGAGCAGUUACAGCUUUCCAGAAGAAUGCACUGGAGAAGAAUGGAUUAUACCGCAUCGAAAUGCAAAUGCUUAAGCCAAGAGUAAAGCUAGGGAGGGAAGAAUAUGUGAGCAUUUUUGACAAGAAGACGUCUGGAGUGGAUCCAGUAAAACUAAGCAGGACACACUGUAUUAUUGAAGUGGCGUUGGAUCCAGAGACACAUCGACAUGCAGUUUUUAUUACAGACAAAAGCACGAACGGGAUAAGAAUCGACGGCGUACAGGCACAGAAGGACAAGAAGUAUAAGUUGGUGGAUGGUCAAAAUAUCACACUAUUAUCGUCUCGUCAGGGAAAUGUGCUGCUUGGAUAUGUCGUGGAAGAUCCUCAUGUAAGAGGUGCGCAAGAAGACACGAAGAGCAACCGGAGACCAGUCGGAAAAGACAUUCAUGGCAAGUACCAUCCUAUCGCUGCGUUAGAUGUUAAGCGCGAGUACUCGAUCCUACAGAAGAGUUUGAUAGAAGCAUCUAAGUUUGCAAAGCGACCUGCAACAGGCAACGACGGACCAGACAAGAAUGGCUCUGGCGCUUUGUCCAGGGUAUAUCAUUGCCCACGUCGAAUUAGUGUGGUUGCCAAAUUUGCCAACACGGACGCAUUCCGUGCCAUGAUCACAUUAGGAUGUAGAGCACUUCAUUUUUCAGGCCAUGGUGACGAGAAUCACUUGUACUUCGAAGAUGGAAUGGGGUUGGUGCAUCCGAUCCCCCAUAAAGGUCUUCAGGAACUGUUUUCGGCAGGAGGUGGCAGGGAUGAGUCAACACUACGUCUUGUGUUUGUUUCUGCUUGCUCCUCUGCACCGCUGGCUUAUGCUUUCGUAUCGUGUGGAAUUCCGCACGUCAUCGGUGUUCGAACCAACCAAAAGAUUGAAGACUACGCGGCUAUUGAGUUCACGCGCGCGUUUUACCUGGCACUUGCAACUGGUAAGUCUGUGGAGGCAAGCUUUACCAUUGCUCAGCAAUCAGUUGCAAAAUCGCCAAAUAUUCGAGGACCCAUGGCAGUUGCUGAGAAAUUUAUGCUAUUACCAGAGGACGGUGACCACUCGGAGAUUAUUUUUCCAUUAGCUGCCGUUGAGUCAUCUAAUAUUAUCAAUCUUGAACCAAUGAAAUUCAAGCGAUACCCUAAAUUAUGGCUUGAUGACUUGCCAGCGAUGUGCCAAGGGUUUUGUAACCGCUCUGUCGAAGUGUACAAGAUCUGUCUUGCUUUGAUGAUGACGCAGUCUCGGAUCACACGUCUUGUGACAAUCUGUGGUGAGGAAGGUAUCGGAAAGACUACAAUUGCCCACGCUGUAGCAAAUUACGUUGGACCGCGUAUUACUUCAGAGGGAGGGGUUCGCAUUUUUUCGGUGGCCAGGCUAGCCCAAGAUGAAAUGGAUGAGCACGUGGGAAUGUUGCGGCGAAACAUCAAAAUUGCAAACGUUCGUUGUCGUGUACUGAUUCGGUUAGAGACGAUGGUCUCGGAUCAUCUCAAGCAACACAAGGCUCGAAUUGAGUUCAACAAUCAGCAAUUGCUGAUGGUCAUGGAUGGCUGCGACUAUCUUCUGCGCAAUGAUGGUCGCCGCGACCGUUUUCGCGCAUUUCUGUCCGACAUCCUGACCAAUAAUGUUUCGUUGAAAGUCGUGCUGACGGCAAGAACGUCUAUCUGUACGGAUGGUGCUGUCCGCGGUCACGGAGAGCGAUUGUACACGCUUUCAAGGUUUGACAUGAAGAGUGCGACGAUGAUGCUAGUGAGUCUGAUGAGCCGGCCUAUUCGUAUGGAAGAACUGAAGCUCGCGCGCGUUACCAACUCGUCGGAUAAGCUAGAGCUUAUUGCUUCUCACCCGGCACUGAGAGCCACGAAGGGUAUUCCCAAAUGCAUAGCUGACCUUGCUGGCAGACUCAAUGAGACAACCAUGGACAAAAUUUCCGUAGACGAACCUGAACUGAAUCUCAUGGAAUGA